GUUAAUUACCUUGCCAAUAUGAAGUGGGUGUGUCGUACAAUGCUGGGAUUUCUUCUCGUUGCUUUUUGCAUCUUUGUCAUCUCAUUGCACGUGGGAGGGCGUUCUACGCGUGAUACUAUUCAUCUUAAACUUGAUGAAAAGGUAGAUCAGCUCGAGGCGACUACGAUACCUAUACAAGAUAUAAUGGCAAUGAUGGGAAAUGGACAUAGUGAAAAUGACCAGGAGAGCGGUUUAGAUGAUGACGUCAUUCCCAAAGAAUGGCUUAAAGAAAUACAAAGAAGAAAGAAGCUCGUGUCCGAGGCAUGCCAGAAGUAUAAAACGGAAAAAACGUCUUUGACAAAAGCAUGGAUUAAAGAAAACGGCAGUCAUCUCAUCGUAGAAGACCAGUAUAAAAUCAUAUAUUGCCGCGUACCGAAAUCGGGGAACACAAAUUGGAAGCGCUUAUUACUAGCACUGUCUGGUUUCAUAAACGAUACUUCUGUAGCUCAUAGGAAAAACGGAUUAAGCCCAAGUGGUGUGGUUAAAGAAUAUUUACAUACUUUGGAUACUCUGUCGCUUUUGAAAGCAAAACAAAAACUUAGGUCCCACUUGAAAGUAAUGUAUUUGAGGCAUCCUUUGGAAAGAUUACUUUCUGCAUAUCGUAAUAAGUUGGAAAGAAAUCCUUUAAUGCAUGCCGAUAUCUCUUCGCAAGUGGUUCCAUACGUUAUGAAGCACUAUCGCGGUGUAGAACCCAUUCUUCCCGUCAGUGUGAGCCAAGGCCGUGGACAGAUAUCUGGUGUCUUUUCAUCUGGAGAAGAGUUCAGUUUUCCAAAAGACGAACUUCCAAGUUGGGUACCAAAGAUAACAUUUGAAGAAUUCCUUCGUUACGUUGGUGACAAUCCAAACUUUCUGAAUGGUCACUGGGCGCCCCCAAACGAUUUAUGUCACCCAUGUGUCAUUCAAUAUGACGUCAUAGGGUAUUUUGGGACAAUAAGCGAAGAUGCAAACAACAUUUUGAAACUAGUGCAUGCGUACCCAGCAUUCAAAUUUCCAAAUAUGUUCUUUAAUCCAGAAACAACGUCUAAUUUGGUGAAUAGAUAUUAUUCAUCAGUAUCAAAAUCGACGUUGCAGAAAAUUCGUCCAAUUUACGCACUUGAUGCAGCAAUGUCGGCUUCUAAGUUACGUAUUUAGUUAAAGAUGCAUUUGAAGUCGAUCUUUUGCCACAAAAGCCAACCAAAUGGUUCCACAUCCGAAAAGUGUAAAUUACAGGACUACCAAAAUACAUUGCUUAAUGUUGCCCGAAAAGUAAUAUUUGAACGGAUUUAUCUACUUUCUUUCUGUGUUUUUUAGGUUGAUCACCCCAGUAGUUAGAUACGUUGGGAAGAUAAGUAGGUCAAUUUUACUAUCAAAUACUUAUAGAAAGUGCAGUUAAAAGCUUUUUUAUCUGAUCGUGUGAUUGAUUUGGCAUGUCGACAU